UAAUUACAUAGUUAAUUUACACACAUCACUGUUUGUACAAAGAUUUUUUUUUACACUUUGUGUAUGAAACACAGUGACGCCGAAAAUGCAUCGUAAGAGUAUCUUUGCUUGUGUGCUAACGACCACAAAAUGGCGAAUCCACAUUUUCGUAUUACCAAAAUGUAGUAUCACCUAAGAACUUGUGCAAAUUUUGACUGCUUAUACAAAGUUUAUUACAGCAAAACUAGGGUCGGACUAGACAAAACUAUGGAACUUUUUUAUAGCACUGACGCAUAAAUCCGCUGUCACGCCUAUCCGUGGCAUAAGUAGUCCAUUUUUGCACCGUGCAGUUAGCGCCCGAGCGUAGCGAGGGCGAUCAGUAUGGUGCAAUAAUGGACCAUUUAUGACACGGAUAGGCCUGACAUAGAUUCCGAUUUAUGCCACCCAGUGUUAUAAAAGAUUUUAUAAGUUCUAAAAAUUAUUACAUAUUGUUGUAUUAUAUAGAGUCAAUUAACUAUUUAUUGCAAUUUGAAUAUUCGUGCUCUUCUAGUAGCGAUCUAUAUCAUCUAUAGUAUAGUUGGGCCUACACAGGUACCUACUUGACAGGUAGCCAUUCGGCUAUUCAUUCCACCGUCUGUCGAGCUCGAGACAAGUCUAGUCUCUCUCGCCGUCUCAACUCAAGUCAUUAAAUAAAAAUCAAGUCUAAGUUAUUCGCUUCGAGUUAUAUUUAUUUCGCUACCUUGGGUUACUUCACAUAUUUUUGUCAAAGUAUAAAUUUCCAUUCCUUUUACACAAAAGUAUUUAUACUACUCUAAUCUCAAAAUCAUAACUUUAAUGUGAAUUUUCGGCUGUCGUGGUAUAAAAUAUCAUAUGUAACGUGUGAAUAUAAAGAUAUAGAUAUAAAAUGCAGUUUUGCUUUACCUAUUUUUAACAUAAAACAAAUUAAUUUAGCAAUUUCGAAACUUGUGUCUAAUAGUAUCACGAAAAGCUCUUUAAAAAUUUUUAUUCUGUCUUAUUGUGUUUCGCAUGCGCUUGAAGAGGUGAAAAUACAUCAACAGUAUCAAAAAUACGUAAGGUGCGAGAGUUAGCUCAUACUCGUUAAUAUUGUGUGUGUGUGCGUGUGUGUGUUUGAACAACUGGAUGGAUUACUAUUAUUGCAUAUUUUAUAUUAAGUUAUUUUAUAUUUUGAAAAUAUGUACAUUUUAUAUAUAUAUAUAUAUAUAUAUAUAUAUGAAAUUGGAGAUAGAUACAUUUCUGUGAUUCUGAUUGGCAUGGUCCAAAUAACGGUAGUGGUGUGGCUGUCUGGGCCGUUUUUCCAAUCCAAGAACCAGCGUACCUUACCAUACAAGGUGUGGUUACCCUACGACAAUUCUCCUGACCGAAUUUUCUGGAUCACCUACGUCCCGGUUUCGAUUGCCAUAACUACUGUGGCCUUCAUUGCUUCAGCUAACGAUAUAGUGUUUUGUGGACUGAUUAUGGUGGUUUGUGGCCAACUUAAGCUCCUCACUUAUAGGUUGACUAGUUUACCUAAACGCGUAGAAAAGGCCCUGGUUGACAAAAAGUUGAAGCAUAAGGAGAUCGGCGCCUUUGAGCAAGAAAUGGUGAAACAAAACAUUCUUCAUCAUAUAUUUGUUUAUGAGUUGGUUUGGAUUAUUGAAGACAAAGUACUUACCCUGGUAGAGCAAGGUCGCUCUGAUGGCGGGUGUUUAGCUAAUUUCAUGCUGAUCUUCAACAGGUGUCGCAUAUUCUUCGAUGAAAACCCAAUAAUAUUUCUACCAGGGUACAUGGUAAAAUUAUUGGUUAUUGCUAAAUUACCCUUGUAUAUUUACAGGUUUGCCAACACAAUAAAAUCGGCUUUUACUUUGGUAAUAUUAACGCAAUUCAUAACGAGUUCUUUAAUCAUUUCUAUAAACGUCUAUCAAUUAUCAACCAGCAAAUCCAUUGAUAUGGAAUUUUUUACUAAAUUAUGUUUCCUUAUAUGCGUGCUCAUGGAGUUCUUCUUGUUUUGUUGGUUUGGAAAUGAACUAAUAGUUCAAAGUGAAGAAUUCGGCAACUUCAUUCAUAAGAUUGAUUGGAUUUCUUUGAGGCUCCAAUCGACAAAGCGUCUCUUGUUUGUAGCCUUGCGUGCAACAAAGCCAAUUGUAAUGUCUCGUUGAUUUUUUAUUGUUUUUUCACUAGAUUCG